AUGUCGAAUUCCGACGCCAAGAACAUACGCAUCAUGCUCCUGUUGGAGAGGGAAACGCAGAUCUUCUUUGACCUGCCCUACUUCGAGGGGCUGGUGCUCGCUGGCGCGUGGAACGAUGCGGACUGGUACCUCAAGGGAUUUACCAAGCUCGAUGAGAAUUGGUGGUCGCAGAAGAUCUUCUUCGAAUUAUACAAGACAAUGUUCUUCGAGGCCCUUGUUAGAUCUGAUACAGCGAAGGCGGUGGAGAUCCUUAGGAAAUACCUCAGACUGUUCGAACCAAUUGAUAAGGAAAUCUUUACUGAAUUGUGCCGUCUCCUGUCGCUGGAGCAUGAGGAGCUAAAAAAUUUGGGAGAUACGAAUUCGAUGAGGCAAGGACUAUGCAGAGAGUUAACGGAGCUGAUCAAGGCGAAUCCUGUCUUGAAGGACAAAUUGGAGAUGCCCAAAAUGGGACCCUCGAGUCCGCGCACAAUGAUUGAUCAAAAUUUCCCUUCGCCCGAGCCCCUUGCCCAAAUGGAACCACAUGCGAUUGGCCUCAAUGCCACAUAUUCGCCUACGGAAGUUUCCAGUACUCUGCCUACUCAGCGCAGUCAGCGUCCUCGGCAUUCUUUAGAUGUUUUGCCGAGGACUGUUAUUAUGACUUUGAUUCAGGGUUCUCUUGUUUCAACGAUGGAUUUUAAUCCUGCUCAUCCAACAGUUCUUUUAGUGGGAACAAGUACCGGUGAAAUCUCAGUUUGGGACCUAACUGUGCGAGAGAGGAUUCAUCAUAGAAAUUAUGUAAUUGGGAAUGCUUCAGAGGCCUUCCAAAUGGCUCCUGCAAGUGAUCCUACCAUUGCUGCCAACCGUGUGAGAUGGGAUCCUAAUGGAAUAAUAUUUGGUGUUGCAUUUUCCAAGAACAUUGUGCACUUAUACAACUACAAUGACCAUCAUGAACUAACAAACAAAUCUGAGAUUGAAGCUCAUGUUGGUGGAGUUAAUGAUAUUGCUUUUUCUCGACCACAUGGACUAUUGUAUGUUAUUACCUGCGGAGAUGACAAGAUCAUAAAGGUGUGGGAUGCAGAGUCUAAAUCCCUUGUACGGACUUUCGAAGGUCAUAGCGCUCCUGUAUGUUCAGUAUUGCCGCAUUCUAGGGAAGAUUUUCAUUUUAUCUUCUCGAGUUCCAUGGAUGGGAGAAUGAAAGCAUGGUCUUAUAAUAAUGUUCAUAACUCUGCAAUUGAUUGUCCUAUGCAAGGAAAUUCUUUUUGUAACAUGGCAUAUAAUGCUGAUGAAACAAGGUUGUUCGCUUGUGGGAUCCGUGAGGAUGGUCUUGCAUACCUUGAGCAGUGGGAUGACCAAAAUGGGAACAAAGUGUGCUCUUAUGUUGGUUUCAAUAACCAAUGUAAUGGAGUGCCCCAAUUCGAUGUUGCAAAUAUUGGUAUUUUAGCUGCAGGAGAAGAAUAUAAGAUCAAAUUUUGGGACACGGACUAUGUCAACCUUUGGACAACUAUCGAUGCCGAGGGUGGAUUACCGGCAUUGCCAUGCAUCCGGUUCAACAAGAGCGGGUCGUUGUUGGCUGUUUCAACAAAUGACAGCCGUUUUAAAAUACUAGCAAAUGAUGAUGCUCAGCAACUAUUGAAUAUCGGAAAUCAGCCUAAUGUUGUUCCUGGACCAUCUUCAGAGCCCAAGUCAAAGAAUGGUGAGAGUCCAAUUUCAAGAUAUGCGCAUAAUAGUGUCCCGGAGGAGUUAAAUGAUGGAUCGAGGAAGAGGAGGAAACCAAUGGAAGUUCAAAAACGCUGCCAGUACUAUUCUUUAAGGCUCCCUGAUAGGGCAGCUAAGGUAGAAAGAAUGGUGUACACAUUUUCUGGGAAUGGUAUAUUGUCACUCAAUUCUGACGGUAUUCACAAACUGUGGAAAUGGCAGAAGACUGAAGCAAAUAAAUCAGGACAGGCAACGGCAACUUUUCCUCCCCUGUUGUGGACACCUUCAAGUGGCAUGAUGAUGAACAAUGAGUUAGGCAAUGCAAAUGUAGGAGCAGCUCACUGCUUUGCACUGUCGAAAAAUGACGGUUAUCUUGUGUCCUCAUCAGGCGGAAAUACAUCUAUUGUCAAUAUGAUAAAUUUCAAGAGAGUGGAGAAGAUCAAGCAUUCGCUUCCUGCAGUCACUUUUCUUGCUUGUUAUCUGCAAGACAACAACAUUCUUGCCAUCGGCAUGCAGGAUUCAACUAUCCAAAUUGUCAACAUCCGUUUUGAUGAGGUACGGGUAUGGGGGAUCGAUGGAUGGAAAAAACAAUGUAGUAGAAGUCUAAAGAUACCUAGUGGACAGCUGUCGAGCCCUGGUGUGGAGAUCAAAAUUCAAUUUUGCCAUAAUCAGGUUCAUCUAUUGGCUGUCGCCAAGACGCAGCUUGCCAUAUAUGAUGUAGCAACACUGGAACUCUUGAAACAGUGGCAGCCUGAGAAUGGACAAAUUACAGAUGGAACGUAUUCGUGCGACAGACAAAUGAUCUAUGCAAGUUUAAUGGAUGGAGUGUACACUUUUACCUCAGAUCUUGAUGUGAGGCGCAGAAUUCGCCCCCAAGUAUAUCAGAAUCCUCAAAUUCCAAAAGUUUAUACAUUGGUCAUUGCUGCUCAUCCUUCCAAACCUACCCAGUUCGCGCUGGGACUAAGUGAUGGUAAUGUCCAAGUCUUGGAGCGUCCGGAAUCGGAAAAGCAACGGGAAACCUUACCCCCUACGGAAAGCGCUUCUUUGAACCUGGAGAUGCCGGUGGAUUCACAGCUUGCAGCCCACAGCAUCCACAAUAGAAGGUUGAAUCCAUAACAAUCUCGCCUUUCGCCGUUUUCUUUCAUUUGGCUAUUAACAUCAUCCCCAGAUUCGCCUUUCAUCAAAUACACCAAAGAGCUGAAUUCAACAGUAAUAAGCUCUUGAAAGAGGAAUUUUAUAGUAAGCUCUUGAAAGAGGAUUUUUGUAGUCAGAUACAAAAGAUGACGAGCAUAUGGAUCGAGAGCUGCUGCGUUUAAAAAUUACCUCCUGUUUUUGUUGAGUUUUUUGCUGCAUAGAAGUGUAGAUUGCAAUCUUCUAAAUUUUCUGUAACCAUCGAAGGGCAUUAAUUACUUUCUGUUUGUUGCAUACAAAAUCCUCUUAGUGAUGAUGCGUUCACUUUCUGUUUGUUGCAUAUAAAAUCCUCUUAGUGAUGAUGCGUUUUGUCGAUUUGA